AUGGGAGAACGAUGGGGGGCCGUUGCUUUGACGAGUAAGGAGCAUUAUCGGUCGCCAUUUGAGCCUGUCAUGCCUGGAGUUACUUUCUUGGAGUAUGGCGAUAUAAAAGCUGCAACAAAACUAAUUCAUUCUGGCAAAAUUGCUGCUGUGUUUCUUGAACCUCUCCAGGGCGAAGGUGGCAUACUUAGCGCAACUAAAGAAUUCUUGCAAUCCUUGCGUGGUGCUUGUGAUGAUUCGGGGUCGCUACUAGUCUUUGAUGAGGUUCAAUGCGGCUUAGGCCGAACUGGUUAUCUCUGGGCACAUGAAGCUUAUGGUGUAUUCCCAGACAUAAUGACGCUGGCCAAGCCUCUCGCAGGAGGGCUCCCCAUAGGAGCUGUUUUAGUUACAGAAAAAGUCGCUGCUUCAAUAAAAUAUGGAGAACAUGGAAGCACAUUUGCUGGAGGGCCGCUUAUAUGCAAUGCAGCCCUUGCUGUUUUGGACAAAAUCUCAAAGCCUGAGUUUCUAUCCAGCGUCUCAAACAAAGGUCAGUACUUCAAAGAAUUGUUAAUAAAGAAGCUGGGAAAAAAUCCACACGUGAGAGAAGUACGUGGUUCGGGACUUAUCGUUGGGGUAGAGCUAGAUGUUUCUGCUUCACCACUUGUCGAUGCCUGUCGAAAUUUGGGUCUUCUAAUAAUAACAGCAGGAAAAGGAAAUGUUCUUAGGCUUGUGCCCCCUUUGAUUAUCUCUAAGCAAGAAUUGGAGCAUGCAGCUGAGGUCUUGCUUGAAUGUUUGCCGGUCCUCGAUGGCUCUAAUUGA